AUGGCAAAAUGGAAGGCCAUAGCAACUCUGUGCUACCUGUUGGGCGCUAUUAUUGACGGUCAGGCUCAGCACAACAUCACUCGAAAGGAUGGACACGUCAAGAGAUCUGAAUUGAUUCAAGUGUUGCUACGGGAACAAGAUUACGAUAAACGUCUUCCACCAAACUUUGACAAAGAUCUUCCUACGAAUGUCAUCGUUUCUUUGGAUUUUAAUUCUUUCGAUUCAAUUGAUGAAAUGAAUAUGGAGUUUGGCGUGAAUCUCGUUGUGGAACAGGAAUGGAUUGACCAUCGUUUAUUAUUCUACAAUCUGAUUGAUACAGAAGUGUUGGAGUUGGAUGCGAAAAUGAUGGAUGAAUUGUGGGUGCCAGAUAUUUAUGUUUCCAAUGAGAAAGUGGCUACUUUCCAUACUGUCACCGUCCCAAACAAAAUGAUGCAUCUCUACAAAGACGGAAAGAUUAUUUAUCGAAAUAGAAUCUCCUUAAGAGCCUCGUGUCCAAUGCAACUCCAGAAUUACCCAAUGGAUGAUCAACUUUGUUAUCUUCAUUUUCAAAGUUUUGCCUACACUACAAACAGGUUACAGUUCCAUUGGCAUACAGAUCGAGAGAAAGCGUUACAAAUGUUAAAAGCCAUCCACAUAAUGCCACAAUUUGAGAUUACGAAAUGGACCAUUGGCACAUGUAAUGCGAAUAGAAAAGAUGGCGAAUAUUUCUCUUGUUUGCGGGCCGAAUUUUACUUAAAACGAAGCAUGGGUUUUUACAUCCUUCACAUCUAUUGUCCGUGUUCCCUCACUGUACUCGUCUCCUGGCUUUCAUUUUGGCUCAACAUUGAUGCUGUACCUGCCCGGACCUCAUUAGGUGUUCUUACCGUACUGACCGUUACCAGCCAGACAUCAGCGGCCGUUUCUGCCCUGCCUAAAGUCUCAUAUGUGAAGGCCAUUGAUAUUUGGAUGGCUGUUUGCCUCAUAUUCGUCUUCCUUGCUCUGCUUGAAUAUGCCCUUGUUAAUGUCCUCAACAGACGAGAAAUAAAACAAUACUUCAGACGCCGAUCCAAUCGAAUGGAUUCAGAGAAAGUGUCAAUUACGGUUUUCAGCAAUGGUUACACAGAACAAGAUUCCACUGUUGUCAAUUAUGAACAAGAUCCCAACGGGAAAGAAAAAGCAAGACAAGUGGACAAAUAUUCCAGAGUCAUAUUUCCUGUUGUUUUUUCACUCUUCUCAAUUUGUUACUGGGCUUAUUAUUUAAUAGUAUAA